CGUUGCUAUACCACAACGCGUUUGUCACUGACCUUCAUUUUUAGUUCCAGUUGAUUUAUAAUAGUCCUUUGGGAAAUGAUAACCAUGAUCAACUUUAUUAUCACAUAUGUUAGCACAGUGCUCGUCCUCUAUUAUACAUAUGUCUUCGGUCUCUGCCUUCUGUUUCACCCACUUCGAAAGUAUCGUGGUCCACUUGCCGCAAGGGUUUCGUAUGCAUACAGCGGCUAUUUCGCUCUGAAAAGGAAUCUUCACCUAAAGAUUCACGAAACUCAUUCAGAAUUAGGUCCCGUAGUGAGGCUAGCUCCAGACCGCCUAGUAUUUAACACCAUUGAGGCUUUACGAGAUAUUUACCAGAAUGAGAAAAUCACCAAGUCCCACGUCUAUACCGAAGCGCAACAGGGUCAACAUAAUGUAUUCAUCACGACGGAUAAAGCCAAGCACCGACCAAAACGGAGACUCAUCGGCCGAGUCCUCUCGGAGCAAUCGAUGAGGGUAUUUGAGCCUACUAUGAAGGAGCUAAUCGAUAGGUUCCUCAAACAGUUGUUACUCUCGAACAGGGGACCGGUGAAUAUGACACAUACUUGUCGAUACCUAGGCCUCGAUAUUGCUGGGCAGCUUGGCUUUGGUUAUGACUUAAAGCUUCAGACGGAGGAUACGAAUAGGUUCCUGACGGAUAUACUCUCUCUGGGAAGUUUCCGGAUCAACCUUUACAUGCAGUUUCCGCUAAUGGCGAAAGUUCGACCUGAAUUGUUGAUGGGACUAUUUCCUAGCCAACCGCGACAGAAAUUCAUGGGGGUGGUAAAGACGAUGAUAUCAUCUCGGCUCGCCCAGCCUUCAGACGCCAAACAAGACUUACUGUCUGUUUUCAAGGACAAGGCAAAUAUUGAUAUUGAAAAUAUCAAACAAGAAGAGCUCUGGACUGAGGCGCUUUUCUUCUUCCCAGCAGGUGGCGAAACUACCGCGACUGCGAUGGCAGCUUGCUUCUUUUAUCUAUCGCGAAAUCCAGAGUGUUACCAGACCCUUGUCGAGGAAAUUCGAACGACGUUCAAUUCAGGUGCUAAGAUCCACAACGGGCCACGCCUUGCGGGCUGUCGGUAUCUGCGCGCGUGUAUUGACGAGUCUCUCCGAAUGUGUCCCCCGGCUCCCGGGACAUUAUGGCGCGAGCCAGUAGCGGAGUACAAGAACCAGCCCUUCGUCGUGGAUGGACAUGUCGUACCUCCCGGGACCCAGGUUGGCGUGAACAUAUACAGUCUCCACCACAAUGAAAAGUACUUUCCCAAUUCUUUCGAAUUCCAACCUGAGAGAUGGUUGGGAGACAAUAAGGAUAUGGUACACAAAGCUUUUGCGGCAUUCUCGAUUGGGUCCCGUGGCUGCGCCGGGAAGGCGAUGGCGUACCAUGAGGUUAGUUUGGUCCUAGCCAAGACCCUCUGGUAUUUCGAUUUCGAAGUAGCGCCUGGAAAGAUAGGAGAGCUUGGAGCUGGGAAGCCGGGAAUCGCCGGAGCAAGAGGUAGGCAAGGCGAAUUCCAGGUGUAUGAUACAUUUUCUGCAAGCCAUGAUGGGCCGAACCUCGUGUUCCAUCCGCGAGACGAUCUUUGCAAUGAAUUAGUUUGAUGUCGAUUUAAGGGAUUGGGUCUUGUAUGUAUAAGUUGAAUGAAAACACACCACUUUUCCAUUGUUAACAACAAGAAGGAUUAAGGCUAUGAAGUUAGCGGGUAGU